AAAACAUUAGACAAAAGAGCCCAUUUUCAAGAUAAGUUUAUGGUGGACAUACAAAAUCUUGUGGUUUCGGGCCUAGGUCCAGUUGUUAAGUUGCUUGAGUUUGUGAAAAAGAACAAUCUUAUGAAAAAUGAGGCAAAAUGUAUCUUCUCUGACCUGUUUACUGUUCUGGGUCAGGUGCAAUACAACCUCAGUCUGAGGAGGAGAUAUCUAAUAAGACCGUAUUUGAAGAAGAAGUAUUCUUCAUUGUGUAGUAUUUCGAUGCCUAUAACAACCAAACUUUUUGGUGAUGAUGUUUCAAAAGAAGUCAAAAGUUGUGAUGCUUUAUCGUACAUUGGUAAGGAUUAUACUUACAGCAAUUAUAGAGGUGUCCAGCGUAGACGCUCUGGUCGAGGAUUUGUUAACUCAAAUUUUAGUAAUUACGGCUACCAGUCAUCUACAUACAAUCAGCGUUCUGGUUUUAGGACUAGACCGUACCCGUUACGUGGACAAUCUUUCAAGAUUGGUCUAGGCGGACGAGGAAGAGGUAUGAGAAGAGGUGCCUUGGCUUCUGCUACAGCCAGUGCCCCAAACGAUCAGGAAUAAAUGAAAGGGUUACCCAGACACAGAGAUCUUCUAGUUUUGCCGCACAAUGGAACAUUACACCCAUUAGGAAGAAAAUUAAAAAUGAUUUGAGUGGUGUUAUCAGGGAAAGCCUGCAGAGUAAGGGAAUUUCAUCAAAUGUUGCAGAUUUCAUCGCAGAAUCUUGGUCACAGGGCACAAGAAAACAGUAUAGCAGUGCCUGGAAAAGAUGGUAUAUGUGGAAUUCUAUUAGAUGUUCCAGUCCAAUUUGUUCGUCUGAAGGUGUAGUCGUGAGUUACCUGUAUUUUUUAUUUCAAUCUGGUAUGUCUUAUUCGGUUAUAAAUCUUCAUAAAGCGAUGUUAAUGCAAACAUUG